AUGCUCUUUCCACCUUCGCCCACGCGGAGCGAGUGCGACUCGCUGUAUGGCAUCGAUGACCUGGACGCCUUCCUCGACGCUCAAGGCAAGCUCUCCCGCUUUCCCACUCCUCCGCCCGUGAACAAGGACGCCAUCAUCAUCCUCGAGACAGAAGAGCGUUCACAUCCAUCCCGCGAAUAUCGUGCUGACGACAACAUGGACUACCAUUCUCACGUCGUCCAUCUAUUCCGACAACAAGCCAUAACGAGCGGCGAUCCGGAUCAGGACGACGACCUGUUGCUCCUGGAGUCGCUGUCGAAGGUGCAGCUGCCCUUCGAGAUGCUUCAGCUGGCCCUCAGCAUUCUAACUCUCCUCCGAAACCGAGACGAGAAGCACCUGCUGCCGCCCGACACUUCCAGAACCGCAUGGCCCCUCUACGUCCUUGCUGCUUGCAUGCUUGCUGCGGAUUACCUUGAUGAUACGCCACGCAGUCUCAUCUGGUGGCGCUACCACUUCUGCGGCGACCACGUGGGGCUCGACACGCUCAAUGGAUCCAAGCUCGAGCUCUUGAAAUGUCUCGAUUGGACUCUGCACCUCUGCGCCUCCGACCACGCCAUGGAGUCCGCACGCAUGAGGCUCUCGGCCCAGCCUGCACAGGAACACCACGUUUGGGCCAAGUAUGCACUCCCUCAAGGUCAUGAAUAUGGCCCGUUCCAUCGACGAAUCGAUUCGGGUGUCGACGGCUUGACCGCGCAGCUCGAGCACCCCCAAAUCAAAUGA